GUUAUGUUUGCCUUUGCACUUUCAUCACCUAUAGGAGGCACGUGGCCUCUCCCCCUCUACCUUCAAGACCCUCGUGAGCGUCUUGCAUCUUUUGGACAGUGACCGCCAGUCGCCGACGCUGCUGACUCCUCUCCGGUCCCGUCUUUUUCAAAAAGAAUUCAACACCACGUACCUUUCGUCUCGUCAUUCUCGUGUUGCCUUCCCUUUGCGAUUGUUUUAAAACGAAUACGGAUAUUUUUUUUUUUUCGUAUACCCUGCAAACAAGUAGAGCGCUAUCCAGUGUGCCAACCAUGCGGAGUACAGUACCUUUAGUGGCAUCGUUCAUCUGCAUUCUCAUCGGUGAAUGUACGGCGCAAUUGAAAACUGACGCAGUCAAAAUUAAGACUAACUCUUCCAAAGGCAUUUCCUGUUACUCACGUUUGGAGGGCGAGGAAGGUGUUUUAGAAUCCCCCAACUAUCCGUCGGAUUACCCAUCCAAUCAGGAUUGUAAUUAUGACAUUGUGCGGACAUCUUCAUCCGUCUGCGGCAUCCGUCUUUACAUUGAAGACCUGAACAUUCCGGGAAGCAUCAAGGGUGGUGAUGUUUGUUUGAACGAUUACAUCUCGGUGGAAUCUUGCGUGCCGGAAGGAGGAGCCAGAUUUUGCGGCAACGAAUCCGCCAUUUCCCAUCAUUACAAUUUCCAACCGGGAGCGACGGCCAUUCGACUUGCCUUUCAUUCCGACUCGUCUGGUAACGGUCGAGGCUUCCGCAUUCGCUACAAAAUGGUGGAAGAUUGCAGUAGCUAUUUCUUCGAUAUCCAGCCGUCAGGCAUUCCGCCCAAUGUGGGCUCGGCUACCUGUUUCACGCGUAUCUCUGAGGCUUCCGGCACUAUCAACACUCCUUACCAUCCGAAAAAUUAUCCAGAAAACCUGGAUUGCGUCUACCAAUUCGUUAGGACCAAUCCGAAUUUGUGCGGAGUGCGGAUGAAGACAAUCAAGUUUGAUUUGCAAUCUCCAAUGGAUACACCUUUUGGUGGCGCCUGUUCCGAUUUUUUCCAUAUGCCUUCCUGUGGUUUCCUUUGUGGGAAAAUGGAAUUUUCAUGGUUUGCUCGAUAUCAACCCGGAGCUACCAGUUUGGAAUUCCAUUUUCAUUCAGAUGAAUCUACAGGAUUGAGUGGCUUCCUCAUAUCUUUCGAGCAAGUCUAUAAUUGUUGAAGCACAAUGCCAAAUAGAGGAAUCAGUAAAGAGUAGGAUUGUUGGAGCUCAACAAACUUUCCUUUUUUUUUCGUUUUUAUUUCGAUUUUACCAAACACAUUUGUACAGUUUAAAUGCAAAACUCUUUUUGGGUUUUGUACCUCUCUGACGCUCCAUAUAAUAAUUUUCUCAUUCAUCCUUCUCAUUUCUAAAACGCCCAUUAUGUUCCAGAAACCUCGUUUUCCGUCGGAUUGUGUGGAUCAUCAAUAUACAAGGCGAAAAUCCGUAAA